GCCGCCGGCCCCGCGCUCCCUCCCCCGGCCGCGGCGGCACCGGCGGCAUGAUCUCCUAAGGGACCGAGCCUGUCCCGCACCCCGAGCCCGUCCCGCCUCCCGGAGCCUGAAAAAUAUUAUCUCAUGGAGAAAUACCUUUGGGUAUGUGUGUGAAAAAGCAUCUUUUGCAGCCGAGGCUCUGAAGUACUGAAGAACACUGCCUCUUCCUCAGGGACACAGAUAAGGGGGAGCUGGAGCCUCUGGGGAGCUCAGAAAGGAUUUGUGGCUGACAGUUGCCUGAGGAACUUACCUUCACACCAAUGUUGCUCUGAAAGGAGUUGUGUUCAACACUCGGGCUUGGUAAGAUGCCUCAGGAACAGUACGCACACCGCGGCACCAUGCAGACCUCAGAAGGACCCCAGAUAUACAAAGUGGGGAUUUAUGGCUGGAGGAAGAGAUGCCUCUAUUUCUUUGUGCUGCUCCUAAUGAUUUUAAUCCUGGUGAACCUUGCUAUGACCAUCUGGAUUCUGAAGGUUAUGAACUUCACAAUUGAUGGAAUGGGGAACCUGAGAAUCACAGAAAAGGGUCUAAAGCUUGAAGGAGAUUCAGAAUUCUUGAAACCUCUCUAUGCCAAAGAAAUCCGGUCAAGACCAGGCAACCCACUGUACUUCCAGUCUGCAAGAAAUGUCACAGUGAACAUCCUCAAUGAGAAGACUAAAGUCCUUACUCGCCUUGUAACAGGUCCCCAAGCAGUGGAAGCACACAGCCAAAAGUUUGAGGUGAAAACCCUUUCUGGAAAAUUGCUGUUUUCAGCAGAUGACAAUGAAGUGGUGGUUGGAGCAGAGAGACUGAGAGUUUUAGGAGCAGAAGGCACAGUGUUCCCUAAAUCUAUAGAAACUCCCAGUGUCAGGGCAGACCCCUUCAAGGAACUAAGACUGGAGUCACCUACACGUGCACUGGUGAUGGAGGCUCCAAAAGGCAUUGAGAUCAAUGCUGAGGCCGGCAGCUUGAAAGCCACGUGCAGGACAGAGCUCAGGCUGGAAUCCAAAGAUGGAGAGAUAACGUUGAAUUCUGCAAAAAUCAAACUACCUAACUUGCCUCAAGGAUCUUCCUCUUCUUCAGGGUCCAGGCAAAAAAUCUAUGAGCUCUGUGUGUGUCCCAACGGGAGGUUAUUUCUGUCUCAGGCAGGCACAAGCUCAACCUGCCAGAUAAAUACAAGCGUCUGCCUUUGAGAGACAAUUUGCAGUGGGGCAUCGCAGGCAGCACAAAAGCCAGUUCUGGUCUCACAGAUUGCAGCUGCCAACUAUUUUUACUAGAACACAGAAAGCCUAUCAAAGACUUUUUUUGUGUGUGCGCGCGCGUGUGUGUGAAUAUAUAUAUAUAAAAAGAUAUAUAUAAAAUAUAUAUAUAUAUAUCCUCUGUGUAAAAUGAUGUUUCAGUACAAGGAAUCCCAGGGUGACCCUGUUAUAUUUCUGUAGCAUUUCUUUUCCCACAUCAAAAUUUACUGGUACAACCUGAUGAAUUGGAUUUGAUGCUCCCCUGGACCUUCCAUUUUAAUACAGUUUAAUGAUCAUCCGCUUGUUUUUGAUCAUAAUCUCAGAGUGAUGGGAUUGCUGGCUGGAACGGAUGUAGACCCACUAACAUACAAAGGGAAGAGAAGGGAAAAUAAUCUCUGAUUAUUUUUGCACCAUUAAAUCAGUGACAUUAAACAAAACAAAACAAAAUUUAAAAAAAAAAAAAGACCCAAUAGACAAACAAAUAAACAAAAAGAAAAAACAACAAAGUAGCCAGAUGUGCUGCACUGAUCAGCUAGAGUGAUCCAGGGUACCCGAGGUUAUACUUAAUUUUCUCUUUAAUUUUUACCUGAAGCUUUUCACCUAGUUGAGAGACAUGGAUAGCAUUUGGGCAGUAGAAAAGUCCAGAUCUAUUUGCUGGCAGCAUGUAUUUUUCUGCAAAGGUUUGAGACUUGCCUUUGCCUGGCCAAGGAUGCCUUGUGUUAUUCAGAUGUGACAUUUCAGUUCUAACCCUAACCUAAAGUCAUCUCUGUGCUAAGAAAACUGGCCUUGAAUUUAGUUCUUGGAAGGAAGAAAAUUACAGAAGUUGGGCUAAAUAAAAAAAUCCUGAACAUCCUUAGUGAACAGGUAACCUGGAUCCAGGUAUCCUGGAUCACUCUUCUUUAGCACCUUAAAUUUGAAAAUAUGCAGUGUGAAAUUGUAAAGAUUUAAGAUCUGAACAUUUCCUAUCACCAUUUAUAUAAACAGGGAAAAUUACCUAUUCUACCCACAGAAAAAGAGACAUUCGUGCAAAUUUGGUGUGUCCUGUAGAUGCUGUGCCACAACUUUUGUCACUUUCCUUUUAGGAUAUAUAGUUCCAGGUCACCUAGAUUUGGUGGAGACUGCAAAUAUCAGAGAUUCUGACAAUUAAACAGAUUUUUUUCAAAAGGAUUUAUAAAGAUCAUGACAAAACCAGUUGACUAGAAAGCAGGGGCUUUUGAUGCUAGUUCCUCUAGAAUUUAAGCCCAUAUAACUCUGUGGUUGAACUUCUUCACGGGUGCAUUUUUCUUUAUUUAAGUCCAGGAGUCACAGGCAGCAUAAAAUGUGAAAUCUGAUCUGGUAACAUUACUUCCACAGUUCAGGUUUUGAAAAAUAAUCAUAAGAGCCCAGAUCAUUGAAUUUUGACCCAUAGUUGCAUCCACAUGCAUGUAAAAAUCUUUGAAAAACAAACGUACUAAUUACUGCAAAAGUGUCCAAGUUGCAAUAACCUCAUGAGAAGAGAUGCUUUUGAGAGUAUAUUAACCUCACAUGCAAAUAUGACAGAUCCAUGCCCAUCCCUACUGAAAUCUAAGAAAAGCUGAUAUUCUUCAAGCAAUCUUUAAGAAAAAAUGUAGCUGACAGCAAUUUGGAAAAAAAAAACUUAUCCCAUUCCUUUUCUACAAUAUCUUUGUGGUCUGGAGAGUACCAGGGUUUGUUUUUUUAAAUGAAUAAUUCUGGCUUAAUCUAAAAUUGAGUGGACUCAAAGGAAAGAUUUCUAUGCAGUUUAGAUUAGAUGUCUUGCUGCCUAAUAAAGCAGCAGUCCCAUAAAUUUUGUUCCUAAAUGAGGACUGAAUGAUCUACUUUUACUUCAGUAGUGUUUUCUGAUUAAUUAAUUAAUUCAAGCUAUUUGUUAAUGAAUUGUUCCCUUAAUUAUUAUGUCUUGAGUCGACGUUUGAAUGCAAAGGGUCACCCAGGAUAACAAUUGUAUUGGGACACAGGACUAUACCAUCUCUGUUCAAAGAGGGGAAUUGUGCCUAUGCCUUAAGUCAAUGCACUCAGCAAGGAGAAGCACAUCAUAUUUAUCUUGUUAUUAAAACUCUUUUAUUUGGGGGGAGGGACAGGAAGGUGUCUUGGAAACUGGUUGCAACUUAAAACAGAUGUCAAUGAAAUGCAUUAAGACUGUCGGGACACCUAGAGUGCUACAGACUCUUUUUUUACCAUGUUAAAUAUAGCAAAAUACUGUGUACGUUACCUCUGGGACCACCACUGAAGUCCCAUUCAUAGUCCUACAUUAACUGUAGUGUUUUUUUCCCUGUUCCAUUUGAUAAUGUUCACAAAUCUUAUAGCAAGCAGGCCCCAAUUUAUGAAUAAUUCCCCUGUGAGCAAUUGUGAAGACAUAUGCUGCAGGAAGAGUAGCUUGUACAGAAAAUGAGUCUCACUAACUUCCCCAUCCCCAAGCAUAUUAAUGCUGCUGAGAGAGGCAGUGCUGGAUGCAGGGACUGACCCACCAGGGAUGCUGAAUCCCAGUUCCCAAGCUCUGCUUCUGAGAGACUGGUGGCUCAGUCCUCAUCCCUGUGGCUGCUCCUCUGAGAAUUUCCAUCCCACCAAAUUCAUUUGGAGUGGCUGGUUUUCUCAGCUGGGCUCUUGAAUGAGAUUGUCACCUUCUCCUGUCUUGAAGCUGUGAAACUGCUGAAGGACAGUCAGCCAUUUAUUUUGGUAUAAAUUUCUGUGGGAAAGCUGUUAAGGACUGAUAUUAAACAACUGUGCCAUCACUGCAGAUGCUUCUCUGAGGUGAAAAGGGUACAUUAAUUAUGUCUAUGUAAAGGAAUUGUAAUUUCUUCAGUAUAUUUUACAAUCAUGUUUCAAUCUUAAACAGCAUACAAGUAUUUGCUGUGGUGAAAGAGGAGGUAUUGUUGCUGGAAGGAUUGACCCUGUAUAAAGACUUGUAAAUCAUUUAAGCCUCACUUGAAUUUUAAGACAGUAGUGCAGAGGAUGCUGUCUGCACUUGUGUUUGCCAUGGGAUGAGUCCCCACUGUGCAGUGAGAGGCAAACCAGAGUAGACAGGACUGCAUUGUCUGAGAUCCAGGGGGAAGGGUGAAAGAAAUUUUGUUGGAAAAGCAGCAUGCAAAACCAUCCAGAUAUCUCAUGCUUCACAGUUUGUUGCUGGAGCUGUUGUGUGGUAAUGGACAGACCUUCUGGACAAAGCAAGUGCACGAGCGUCCUUUUCCCUCCUGCCUUGCUCAGCAGUCUCUCACAGUUGCUGUACCUGCAUGGGUUGGGUUUCCCUCAGUCUAUUUAAAUUAGAGUCCCCCCUGGCUGGAAUUUCAUACAUAUGCUCUACCUAUCAUUGAUAAAACACCAAAAACAAACAAGGUUUUGUGUGUUUCUUUUUGUGAAUCUGAUCUGCAGUUUAGUUCAACUGAGCAUUUGCUAUUUGAGGAGAUGGUGUUUAUCUUAAACCAGAGUUCUAUUUUACCUCCCAAUGCUAAGGCAAGGCUGGGGUGGAUGGUGAAUUUGUUUCUUCUGAGAUCAGUGGAAGAGAUAUCAAUGACUUUUGUGGCCUGAGAUGGAACAGGAACUGGAGAGGUGACAAUUCAGAGCUCUGAGGGCAGUGGACACACUGCCAGCCUUUAGGGAGACUGAACCCUGGCUUUGCACUGUGUCCUGCAUCACAGCAGAAGCAGGAAAACCCCACUGAAAUGCUGAUCAAGGGACUGUGUUUCUAAGGUAAAUAUACCUUAGGCAGCCAUGAAUACUGCUGUUAAAGAUAAAUACAUUUAUAUAUUUAAAAUCCUUUAUAGGGUUUUGAGAUUAUUUUUUUUUUAAAAAAAACACUUUGUAAGCAGUCAGGAAGCUCACCUGUCUACUGUAUAUGCACUGUAUGGCCCUUCUGCUUCCAUGGAUGAAUUAGGAUUUUUUUUCUAAAGCAAAAAACCUUUGACAUUAACAAAAGCAAAGAUCCUGAUAAUACAACUACAUCCAUUCUGCAAGUUUCUUUGUGGGUCUUUUGGUUUGUUAGUAUUUUUAACUUUCAAAGUACAUUAUUAGUCAGUGAAAUGGGUAGCUUAAGGGUACAAAGAAAUGUUAACACUAAAGGAAGUCAUCAAAAGGGGAAGACAGUAACUAAUAAAAUAUGUACAAGGCCUCACUUAGGCAUACAUUUAAAACAAACCCUAAGAGUUAUUUUUUGGUGGUGUCUCAGUCAUGUGCUGUCACAAAGCUGUAUUUUGAGAGGUCCUUUUUUUUCUCCUUUAAUAAGAAUUAUCAUAUAUAUGCAGAACCAAAAAUAGUUAAGGCAUAAACCUAAAAAAUAUCAUCUGCAAUACCCAGUAUAGCAAAGUGAUAUCUAAAUUUUUUUAAAGGUCCCUAGAAAAUUCUUCAAGCUUAAAGAUACAUUCUCAUGGAAUUUGAGAAAAUGUCAGGUUAGUUCACAUCAUACCUAAUCUGCAAAUAGAGAUGUUCUUAAAGGAAAUUAGCUUUUGUUGUCAUAAGAUGUGCACAAGCAUACAAGUAUAUAUAUAUAUAUAUAAAUAUACACGCACACACCUUCACAUACACUUGUUUACACCAAAAGCCAAUUUUCUUUGUAUUUGUUGUUAUGGCUUUAAUUUUCACAUGGUAAAAGACAGUGAGACAAAGACCAAAGACUUAGAGAAAUUCAUUGCUUCUGUGGUUGCCCUUAUGCCUGAAAUGCAUUCACUUUAAUGGUGCUUUUUUGAAUUGGGCAGGAAAAAUACAGGUAAAUUGCAAAGCUGCAUUUGAGACAGUAAAGCACAGGGAAAGCAACUUAGUAAAUGGGAAGAAAAGGAAAUAACAUGAAAAAUCUUUAAAUGUCAGCAGAAGGCAAGAUUAACCAAAAUUUUAAAUGUGAAGAAAUUACCCAGAACACUGAAAGGCAUCAUCCUGGGCUGAGAGUAUAAACUGAGUAAAUAAUAAACUGAGUAAAUGGCACUGGCUCUUCACUUACUUGCACUGGAGUAUUUUUAGACUAAGAACUCCAGUAGCUGCUCAGUGAAAAAGAGUGACUGGGCCAUAAUGAUUUCAAAGUGUAUACAGUAAAAACAAAACAAACAUAAAUACUUUUUUCUUUUUUUUUUUACCUUUUUUUUUUUUUUUUUAGGAUGACAUUUUAAAUUUUGAAAUGUCAUCAUUCAGAAUUCACCCCAGCAAGUGCAGGGCAUGUUACUGCAGAGCCUUGCCAAGCCUUUUUAUUGCCAUUGCUGUUGAGCAAUGAAAUCCUGGCAAUAUUUCCAUUUUCCUCAUUUUAACCUUUUUCCUCAGUUCUGAAUCACCUGUGCAAUAUUUGAGUGGCCCAAAGUCCCCCUAUACAUAGGGCUGCAUGCAGCCAGAAGCCCCCAAGCCCCCACAGUGUGACUUGUCAGUCCCACAUUCCCUGCUCCAAACCCAAAAUUUGUGUCCAGGUGAAACUGGGGACUUGUUGGUAAAUUUUGUGCAGUGUUUCAGGGAUUAUGUAGCUGAGUUUACAGCUGUGACUGGAGCAGGGUUAAACACGACAUGGUGCUGAUGAGAUUACUCAAGCAAAGUGGAGUGAAUGAAACAAGGCAGGUAGGAGGGAGAGGGACGAAAUGGUGAGAGACAUCACCCUAAUCACAGUAAUGCAGCAAACUUCUCUGCCUGUUCUCCCUAUUUUACUUUAGAUUAAUAACAUCCAUUUUACUAAAUACAGUAGGAAUUAUGCUUGAUCUUUCAUGGUGCACAGUGAAAUUACAGUCACUGAAACCACUUACAGCUUGGGUUGUUCAAGAUUGCUGGUGUGUUAAUUCCUUCCAGAGUAACCACAGUGGCUAGGGGCUUGUAUUGAAAUUAUAGUGAAUAGCUUGUAUUUAGAAAGCUUUUAAGUCUUCUGUGGUUGAGAAGCCCAUGGUUAUGCACAUAUUUCUCUGAGGCUUUAUCAUUUCAGGCACUCUUUUCCUGCCAUUUGAAUUGUAUUAUGUCAUUCUGAAAAGUGACACACUUUCUUUAUACAGGAAAAGAUGGAAAUUUAAAGCUGCAGGGCUUUUAUCUGAAGCGAAGAAGAAAAUAUAACCACAGUGUAUCAUGGAGAUUUCCCAUCCAAGUCACUUUAAACUAGAGGUGUGAGUCCCUUAAAAAUUAAUUUGCAACAAGUGUAAUUCCUGUGGGAAAGUUAGCACUGCUGUCACUCCCAGGAAAUUUCUCACCUUAUUACAGCUGAGGCCAUGCAAUGGCUUUGCUUUCCUGCCACCAGUCGGUAUAGACAAGCUGUCUGUUCUUUUGGGGUAACUCAUCUCUGGAUUGGGUUUUUGUUAGUUUUUAAUCAAUAUUUAAAAAUAGGAAGUUUAUCUCUGUUGUGAAGCGAUAUGUAAUUGUAUGUUGGUCUCAUAUUUAGUUGGUUUAUUCUGCCAGCAAGAGAAAAUAUCAGAAGAAGAAAAUUGUGCAAUAAUGCUACAUUUGCAUUGUGCCCUGAUAGCAAAUCCUUCAGAUAAAAACAGGCAGCCUUAAUUACACAGUGUUUUCUUCAAAGAUUAAAAAGGACUUUUUGGAGCCCUUCAUCAGGUCCUGCCCAAAUGGAGAGUCUCACCAUUUCUAACAUGUUUGCCACUACAGGAAUAGGCCUAUUACAAGGCAUAGUUCAUGUGCAUCUUUUCAUGUAGCAGGAAUUUCAGUCUCACAUUUUUGCCUCAUUCAGAAGGCUUAACAGCUGAUAGGAGAUAAAGUGUUCCAAAGCUUGCUACUGCUAAAUGCAUUAUCACUUUCUAAAUCAAUGUAAUUUCUUUGUUUGGUUUGUUGUUUUUUUUUUUUUAAAUUGUCAUAAGAGUCCUUGAAACCUCUUGAGGCAUGCUCAUGCCAGAGAGCAUAUGAAUUAUUUGUGGGCAGUGCCAUUUUCAUUGAAGGCUGGAAUAUAGAUGACAAAAUGUUGCUGUUAAAAGUUUCUCUUGCACUUACUUAGCUGCAAACACCACCACCCCCAAACACUAUGGCUUGAUAUCUUUAGGAUAGCUGCCUGUAGAGCUGGGAGUUGACACCAUUGCUAAGCCAGAGCCUGAAAAUUUUGUCUUCAUCUGGCUCGUCUGAGCUUGUGCACUCAGUAUCAGUUCUAUUAUUGAUGUAGUGGGUAAUUAAACCCUUUGGCAGUAGUAAUGAUUUUACUGUUAUGUAUCUGCAGUCUAAGAGGUGUAAAUGAUGCUGGCUGUUGCUGUUCAAGCAAGCCUUUGACCACUUUGAAGGCAUCAGCCAUAACUCCAGAAAGUGCAGCUGAGCAGCUCUUAAAGCCACAGCCUGGUAAUAUUUGUACAGCAUCCAAGGAGAUACCGUGGGGAUGGUGCCCUGGUACCUCCACUCAGGAAGCUGCAAGGUGGGGGAGGCAGGUGAGCAGCUUUGCCCUUUCUCCUUUAUCUCCAUCCCAUUGCCAGAUCCUCUGCACCAGAACAAGCAGCACAGCAGGAUGGCUGCCUUGGGAGACUGGGCUGGAGCAGUUCAACGGGGCCAGUCACAGCACAAGGAUCUGACUGUAGCUGGUGUAAAUUAGGAUUUUGAUCCAUUAAACUCACUAGUAGGCUGAGGGUUUGGCCCUGAAGGUUUAGCACCUUUUGUGAAAUUAAAAGGAGGAGUUUGGCUGCUCUGUCUAAACUACAGUUUGAAUUGUAUCCGGGCUGCAUGGGACACAGGACCCCUUCUGCAUUGAGCUUUCACACAUAGGUGUUUAUUUGCACAGAGGUGCAGAUAAAGAGCUUAAGCUGCUGCCUGAAAAAGGAGGCAUGUUCAUCCAGAUAGGAUGAACUACCCCUUGUCACUGCCACAAACCACACCUGUGAUUUGGUGGGUGAUGCAGGAAGCAGGAGAUCUCACCAGGCAGGCACUGGGGCUCUGCUGGUGUUCAGGCAGGGCUGGGCUCUCUGCUGAGGGGCCCUCUCAUGGCAGGCAUUGCUGGAGGAAUUCUUUCUUUUCCCCUUUCGUGGGCUAUCAGAUAGAGCACAGAAGUUAAGAUGAGCAGAUCCUGCCCUGCAGAGUAAGAACAUGCUUAUGAAGAGCAGAGCUAAGCAAUUCUAGACUGUUUAUUGAAGAAGGGCUCAGUUGCCAGCAUUGGCACUUGGAUUUCUCUCUAGAUUACAGCUUUUCCUGAGCUGCAACCCAGAUCUCAUGAUGGAUCUGCUCUGUGCAGUAGUUUGGGAGCAGGGAAGGAACUGACCUGCUGGAUCUGAUUUGGAUCAUUCUGGGUUUUGGGUUUGGUUUAUUACUAUCCAUCCCUUAUUUGAAUUAGUUUCCUUGUGCAUGAAUCCCAAUAGAGUUGUUGAUAUAAAUGAAACAAAUGCUCCAUGUAGGUAGACCCAACAGCAAAACAACAUUCAGUGCAAGUCAAAGCAAAAAUCUUGUUCAUCUACAGCAGUAGCAUAAAAGGCAUGACCCAUAUGCUAGAGCAGUUUUCAUCUGUGAUGAUAAAAUACCUUGUCUGACCUCUACUCUGAUAAUCACCAAUGACCUUGAUUGUGUAAA